AUGCUUCUUUAUAGAGAAUCAGCUCAAUUUAUGGAGCCCAAUCCAAAGAAGGGCUCCGUUCAAUCCAGAAUUUUUGAAGCCUAUAAGCAGAGAAAGCUUAAAUCUGACCCUAAGCAUGUCUUCGCUCUUGUAUCGUCUACGCUGAAGUAUCGUCCCUUCAUAUCAGAGAUUAUCAAGAAGUCACACCUUUUGACAGUUGAGAGAAAGUCUAGAAUUCCAGAGGCUGUUUCCAUGUUACUUGUUUAUGAUCUUCUGUUUUCAAGAUCGGGUCGGAUUCAAAGCAAACAGCAUCCUUGGAAAGAAGCCAUAAUCAGAAAUAAGACCAGAUUACACGGAGAAUUCACCAAAUUGAGAUUGAAAUUGAAAGUGAAAUCUUUUGAUGAUCUUAUAGAGGAGGACGAAAGCCCUGUUCGAUGGUUCAGGGCAAAUACACUGAAAACAUCGAAAGCAAAAGUACUGAAAGAAUUUAGCCAUUUGGAAAGAGUCUACAAUAUUACGGAUAUCAAAAAGGGUACGAUAUUUUACGAUGAGUUCAUUCCUAACCUUUUUGGAGUUCACCCGAGAGAAAAGAUUACUACUAGUGAUGCUUACUUGAAAGGCAGGAUAAUUAUUCAAGAUAGAUCAUCCUGUUUUCCCGCUUUUAUACUCGAUCCUAAGCCAGGAGUUGAUAAAGUGAUAGAUGCAUGUGCUGCACCUGGUAAUAAGACCACUCAUUUGGCAUGCAUAUUAGAGAAUUCCUCUAGGUCCGUGAUUGCAUUUGAGAAGGAUAACCAAAGGGCUAGAACUUUGAAGAAGAUGUGUACAAUAGCCGGAGGACUGGAGUGUAUAUCGAUCCAGCACGCCGAUUUCACUAGCACUAAUCCAGAUGAUUUUCCUGAAAUUACUGCAAUGUUGGUGGAUCCUUCCUGUUCUGGCAGUGGUAUAUUUGGAAGGGCAUAUGAAGAAAAUGACACCGACAACAAGGAGAACAAUCCUUACAACGAGGAGAGAUUGGAUAAGUUGUCGAAUUUUCAAUUCGCUAUAGUGAAGCAUGGCAUGCUCUUUCCCAACCUCAGAAGGUUAGUCUACUCCACUUGUUCCAUUUAUCCACAGGAGGAUGAAAGGGUAGCAUUAAGGUUAUUAAGGGAUGAAGAUUUGAAGAAGAGAGGAUGGAAGUUGAGCAACCAAAACCGGGUGAUAUCCAAAUGGCCCAGAAGAGGUGAGGUUGAGGAGUUUUCCAACUGUUCUGAUCCAGAGGCGUGCGCCGGUGCCUGUAUUAGAAGUUUGCCUAAAGUUGAUGGAGGUAUUGGCUUUUUCGCUGUUUUGUUUGAGAGAGAUCCAAAUAUGGAGGCAGCGGAUUCUAAUGAGUAUGGCAAUUUGAAGGAGGAAAGCUCUGACAAUGAGGAAUGGACUGGAUUUGAUGACUAG